AUGGGUUUGCUGAAUUCAAAAAAUCCCCAAACCAAGCAAGCCCGAAUUCUCCUUUUGGGACUUGACUCAGCUGGGAAGUCUACUCUCCUUUAUAAAUUAAAGCUUGCUGAGGAUGUUGCCACCAGUCCUACAAUAGGUUUUAAUGUGGAGAUGUUCGAGUUGGAAAGGAGUCUUUCGCUCACAGUCUGGGAUGUUGGAGGACAGGAGAAAAUGAGAACUGUUUGGGGCUGUUACUGUGAGAACACCGAUGGGCUGGUGUAUGUUGUGGACAGUACAGACAAACAGCGACUGGAAGACUCUCGGAGACAGUUUGAGCACAUUCUGAAGAAUGAACACAUUAAAAAUGCACCUGUUGUUCUAUUAGCCAACAAACAAGACGUGCCUGGAGCUCUGACUGCGGAGGACAUCACCAGAAUGUUCAAUGUGAAGAAGCUCUGCAGUGACCGGAACUGGUAUGUGCAACCCUGCUGUGCCAUCACAGGGGACGGGCUGGCCCAGGGGUUCAGGAAAUUAACUGAAUUUGUGAAAAGCCACAUGAAAUCAAGAGGAGACACUUUGGCAUUCUUCAAGCAGAACUGA